CGCACAGCCGUUAGCUAGCUAGGUUGCUAAUCGUCAUUAGCUAUUGCAUACUCUUGGUUUUAACAAUGGCAGCGCACUUAAAAAAACGAGUGUACGAGGAGUUUUCAAAAGUUGUUCAGCAACAUCCACAUGAAGAGGUUCCGGCGAAGAAGCUGCGUUUGACCAAACCCAGCAAGUCUGCAGCGCUGCACAUCGACUUGUGCAAAGCGAGUACCCCCACAGAUGCACUCCAGUAUCUCCUGCAGUUUGCCCGAAAGCCUGUGGAGGCCGAGAGUGUGGAAGGGGUAGUGCGCAUCCUCCUCGAGCAUUACUACAAGGAAACAGACAGUUCUGUUAGAUUGAAGAUUGCAUCUCUCCUUGGUCUGCUAUCUAAAACUCAGGGCUUCUCUCCUGACUGCAUAGUGGACGAUGCCAUUAACACGCUCAACAAUGAAAAAUCCCACCAGGUUCUGGCCCAGCUCCUGGACACAUUGCUGGUCAUUGGCACCCAGCUCCCAGAGAACCUGAGUCUCAGGAACAGGCUGAUAGAGGUGGCGUGUAAGCACCUGACAGACACAUAUUUCGGAGUGAGAAACAAGUGCCUCCAACUUUUGGGGUGUUUGGGCUCUGUGGACAAGCCUCUGUCCAAGGAGAAUGAGGGUGUGGUGGCAGGUGUGGCUCCGAGGGACACACAGAGCAUCAUCAGUGAUUACUUUGGGGACCAGGACCCAAGAGUCCGCACAGCAGCCAUCAAAGCCAUGCUGCAGCUACAUGAAAGAGGGAUUAAACUACAGCAAACAAUUUACAACCAGGCUUGUAAGCUUCUGUGUGAUGACUAUGAGCAGGUCCGCUCAGUGGCUGUGCAGAUGGUGUGGGUCCUGAGCCAGCUCUAUCCCGAGAGCAUUGUCCCCAUUCCGUCAUCCAGUGAAGAAAUCAGGCUGGUUGAUGACUCCUUUGGGAAGAUCAGCCACAUGGUCAGCGAUGGGUCAUGGGUUGUGAGGGUCCAAGCUGCUAAAUUAUUGGGAUCCAUGCAGCAGGUCAGCCCACACUUCCUAGAGCAGACACUGGACAAGAAGCUGAUGUCUGACCUAAGGAGGAAGCGCACGGCUCACGAGAGGGCCAAAGAGCUGUACAGCUCCGGCGAGUUCUCCUCGGGCAGGAAGUGGGCGGAUGACGCCCCCAAGGAAAAGGUGGACACCAUGGCGGUGAACCUGAUAGACUCUGGGGCCUGCGGUGCGUUUGUCCAUGGCCUUGAGGACGAGAUGUACGAGGUGCGAAUUGCAGCAGUGGAGGCCCUGUGCGCGCUUGCUCAGUCCUCGCCCAGCUUCGCUGAGAAGUGCCUGGACUUCCUGGUGGACAUGUUUAACGAUGAGAUCGAGGAAGUGCGGCUGCAGUCCAUCCACGUCCUGCGGCAGAUCUCAACCCACAUCACACUCAGAGAAGACCAGCUGGACACUGUGCUGGCUGUACUGGAGGAUUCCUCACGAGACAUCCGGGAGGCGCUUCAUGAGUUGCUGUGCUAUACCAACGUCUCCACCAAGGAGUGCAUCCAGCUAGCCCUGCUGGAGCUCCUGAAGAACCUGACAAAGUACCCCACUGACCGCAACUCCGUCUGGAAGUGUUUGAAGUUUCUCGGGGCGCGGCACCCAACCCUGGUACUGCCAAUUGUGCCGGAGCUCCUGAGCACACAUCCGUACUUCGACACGCCCGAGCCUGACAUGGAUGACCCAGCAUAUAUUGCUGUAUUGGUGCUGGUUUUUAAUGCCGCCAAGUCUUGUCCCACCAUGCCAGCACUGUUCUCAGACCACACAUUCAGACACUACGCCUACCUGCGUGACAGUCUCUCUCACCUGGUGCCACAACUCAGGUUGCCGGGUGGGAAGCUGACCAGUGUGUCGGAGUCCUCUGGCCCAGCGUCAAGCCUGGAGUCGGCACAGCAGUUUCUGCAGGACAGCCUGAAUCGGGUCUGUAACGUCCAGCACCUGGAGGCCCCAGGGGCCCAAGACCUGCUGGAGUUCACCAUCAGAGAUCUGCAGAGGCUGGGGGAGCUGCAGACAGAGCUGGCCGGCGCUGCCGACUUCUGCGCCACUUACCUGCGCUGCCAGCUGCUGCUCAUGAAGGCUUUACAGGAGAAACUGUGGAAUGUGGCUGUCCCACUUUACCUAAAACAGAAUGCCAUGGUGUCUGCUGCAGUGAAACAGAUCCUGGAGGAGACGUACAAGCUGGAGUUUUUGUACAGUGGGCUGGAGACCCGGCAGGUGGCCACCAUCCACCACGUGCGGCUACAGGCCAAAGCACUCCAGCUGGUGCUGACCGCACGCACAAGACGAGGGGUUGAACCUCUCUUGAGUGUCUGUGAAAAGUUCCUUCAAGAAGUGGAUGCAUUUCAGAGACUUUUCAUCACAGAGCUGCCCCAUUUCCAGGACAGUUUUGUGGAGAAACUGCUGGAUCUGAUGCCCAGACUUGCAGCCUGCAAGCCCCUGGACCUGGUGAAGAUUCUGCAGACCACACUGCGGCAAAGUGGCUUCCUGCAACUCAAACUGCCUGAACAGAUCCACAGAGCCACUGCGACCAUCAUCGAGCCUACUGGAGAGUCCGACAACCCACUGAGGUUCACGUCUGGUUUGGUGGUGGCACUGGAUAUUGACGCCACAUUGGAGCACGUGCAAGACCCACAAACUUGGGUCAAAGUUCAGGUGCUGUAUCCUGAUGGGCAGUCGCAUGUCAUUCACCCCAAACCUGGGGAUUUCAGGAAGCCAGGACCAGGGAGACAUAGACUGAUUACACAGGUGUACCUCUCCCAUUCUGCAUGGACAGAACCAUGUCAGAUCGAAGUGAGGCUGCUCCUGGCCUACAGCUCCAGUGCCAGCAGGGUCCCUGUCUCAAAACUUCCAGCUUGGAAUGAGAGCACCGAUGGGCUCCCCUUUUCUGAGAGCUCAAUUGAGGGCACCAUCCCCUUCAGCAAGCCUGUCAAGGUCUUCAUCAUGCCCAAACCGGCCCGCCGCUAACCUGGGAAAAACCCUCACUUGUGGAACCAGCACACCACGCCCACUGGCCCCAUGUUGGGGCACAAUAAGACUUUACCUUAAGAAAUCCACAUAGGGCCAAUUGCAGGGCUCAUCACAAAGAUAAUGGGAAGCGGAGGAUAAGCCAGUAAAUAGUCUUUUGUGAAAAGUCUGUUACUGAAUACUGA